AUGAGGCAACUGUGGAGAAGGAUUUCGGCCUUGAGCCAAUCUCUGGGUCCACUUUUCAUUCUACUUCUCGUCUGUUUGCCUGGAUUGCUUGGGAAAAAAUCAAAAUGUCAAAAAAUCACAAUACCUCUCUGCGCGAACCUCGGUUACAACAUGACGCAGUUCCCGAAUUUUAUGGGCCAGGAGAACGAAGAGGAUGCGGCUACAAAAAUAAACGAAUUCGCGCCGCUGAUUGCUGUGAACUGUGCGCCGCAGUUACGAUUUUUUCUGUGCUCCAUGUUUGCACCAAUGUGCGCCGAGGGAGUAGAUCAUCCGAUUUACUCUUGCAGAUCCAUGUGUGAGGCAGCAAGAAAUGGAUGUACCCCAGUGAUGCAGAAGUUUGGAUUCGACUGGCCUGACAUUCUAGAUUGCAGUCAGAUGCCUUUUCAGGGUGACCCUAGAGCCAAAAGCGACCCCAGCAAAUUGUGCAUGGCUGAUCCAAACAUGGAUCACAAAGCGAUGAACAUGUCGGAAUUUUGGAAAAAUAUUGAUUCUUUGGACCCAAAGUAUAAAGAAGUGUUGAAAAAAUUAGGACAAAUUCCCGGUUCAUGGACACCUGAUCAGUCAACAGUUGCACCGACUACAAGCGAAGGCACUAAAGAAAUAUAUCCUAAUCAGACAGAUAUUGGGGCCGUGAGCAUUCCAUCGUUAUGCAAAAAUAAUUCAAGAAACCUGCUCGCCAAGAAGUUUGUUCGCGUUGAAAAAUAUGACCUUUGCGUCCCCAGGUGCGGCGAAGACGUCUUCUUCACUCCGAGCAACAGACAAUUCGUGGAGACUUGGGUCACGAUUUGGUCAGUAUUGUGUUUCAUUUCCACUGCGUUUACGGUUCUUACGUUCGCUAUCGACACGGCAAGAUUUAAAUACCCCGAAAGGCCAAUUAUUUUCCUGUCGUUCUGUUAUAAUCUCUACUCGAUCGCCUUUAUAGUCCGCGCCAUCGCGGGUACGGAGAACAUUAUAUGCGACAAGGCUAACCAUCAUGUAAUAGCAGUGGGUUUGAACAUUGCCGACCACGCAGGCUGUUCAGUGGUCUUUUUGAUGCUUUAUUACUUCGGAAUGGCCUCAGCGCUAUGGUGGGUGAUGUUAACGUUCGCCUGGUUUUUAGCCGCAGGAUUAAAAUGGGGACAAGAGGCGAUCGAAGCUAAAGCUACUUAUUUUCACAUCGUGGCUUGGACUGUGCCCGCCGUACAGACUAUCAUCGCUCUUAUCAUGAGAAAAGUCGACACAGAUGAACUCGCCGGGAUUUGUUAUGUGGGUAACAGCGAUCAGCAAAACCUAGGGGGGUACGUACUCGCUCCGUUAUGUUUCUAUCUCAUUGUCGGAACGCUGUUUCUCUUGGCGGGCUUCAUCGCGCUCUUUCGAAUUCGAACAGUUUUAAAGAAUAAGGAAACUGACACGAACAAGCUAGAGAAACUUAUGGUCAGAAUCGGAGUGUUUUCCAUUUUGUACACUGUUCCAGUGACUUCAGUCGUCGCUUGCUAUUUUUACGAGCACGCAAACAUGGAACGUUGGCGGCUUAACGUCUUGCAAUGUCAAGGGGACGAGAACUGCAUGGAGGAUCAGGGCCCGAGCGUCGAACUUUUCACCGUAAAGUACUUUAUGCUAUUAGCGGUUGGCAUCACGUCGAACAUGUGGAUUUGGUCCACAAAAACGUGCCAGUCUUGGCGAAAAUUUUAUAUAAAAAAAUGUCGAGGCAAAUCCGAGAAAUCUUCCGAGAAAAAACCGCUCACACAACAAAACUCCACAAACAGUUUUAAAACGAAUCAUUUUCGCGAUCGCGGAGCGGCAAACCCACAAGUUCCCUACACGUUUAACGCGCCAGUCCCUUGUUCACAAAGCUCUUCAACAGCUGUCACAUCAUUGCCAGUUCAUUCGCCAUCAAGUUUGCCUCAGAGCAAAGCAAGUAGCGUUGCGGCAGGCGCUACUGUGUAA